GGAUGACCACAGCGACGCACAGCGUGUUUCUCAAUAAAGAGUAACUUCUGCUUCAAGAGAUCCCAAAGUCUCCUGGUCUAUGCUUCUGAGAUUUCCAACAGUUUUGGUGCCGUGACCCGGAUAGAGCUUCUCAUCUCAAUCCAGAUUGAAACUUCAAGCACAACAAAGAUCUGAUCCAAAAGAAGAUCCAGGCUGAAUUUUCCUGUACACCCAAGGGUUGGUGAGUGAUACUCUAUCCAAAAGAAUCAUUAAGACCAGUACAAAGUUGUUAUCCUCUGCGCCGUCAGAGAGGAGUUAACAGACAGCUGUAGGGUUUGGUUAACUAAGUUAUCCUCUAAAAAUGUUCUUUUAGAGAUGAAGUUUAUCCUCUGUUUAGGCAGGGAAGUUUAGCAUCACAUGCUAAUAAUUAGGUAUCCUCUGUUCAGGCAGGGAAGAAUUAGUGUAAAGUGCUAAUAAUUUGUGUUGUCCUCUGUUUUAUCAGGGAAGUUGGUGUGUUAACAGAAUAGCCAUCCUCUACUUUGCUAGAGAAGAAGGUUCAUCCUCUGUUAAUUCAGGGAAGGUUAUAACUGUUGAAGUGUGGUAGCAAGUUGUUUCAACUCUGCUCGUCAGAGAAGGUUGAAUACAUUAGGAUGUGUAUUAACUAGGUUAACCUCUGCUCUGUCAGGGAAGUGUUGAAGUGUAUUGUUGUGCCAGAAAGACAUUACAAAAUGUUGAGAAAGAACGCUAGACUAAUUCCAACAACUGAGAAAGGUGGACUAGCUACCCCUUUAUGGACAGAUAGUGAGUUCAAAUCAUUGUUAGGAAAACACAUGGACUCAAUAGUGACUGAGUCAGUCAGAUUGGAUUUGACAAAGAAAUUUGGGAUUCAUCCAGAAAAAGUUUGGUCCAUUGAAGAAUGCAAAAAGGUACUUGGUGCUUGUAUUCGGAAGAAAAAUAUGAUGGGCAUUAUCUGCUGCCACAGAGAAUUUACUCUAUCCAUUGCACAAGACCAAAUUCAACGUAUUGCUAAGUUAGAAGAGCAGAACAAACAGUUGCACACUAGAGUGUCUCGUCUCACUCAGAAGUUGGGCCUUAACAAAGCCUCAACCAAAUGUGACUCAAAAGACCAACAGUCAGAUGAAAGCUAUCCUGACUUACAGAGUUUCUGUAUACUAGAGGGCAAUAGCAAUACUGGAUUCAUGGAUAAAGAUGUAAAUGCAGUUGAAGUGUGUGGAGUGAGACAAAAGGCUCAGAGUAGGGCAAAAGGGGUUGACACAGUUCCAUCUGUAACCCCCAUACUGCAGUUACAAGCAGUCAGUACCACUAUAGGUCCUGAAGACAUAGAAAGAAUUGCUGAGAAUUUGCCAUCAGUGCAUAGAAACUUUUCUGAGUUUAGGACAGAGUUGUCCAGAAAAAUGAAGCUCUAUGAUAUGUCCCUAGCUGAAGUCACACAGCUAAUGUCACAAAUCCUGAAAGAGUCAGAAUUCAAUGAUUUUGAAAGUGCUGUAAAUAGUUCUGAGUUUCAGCAUUCCAGCAAAGGUGAAUUGAGAGAAGGAGUUCUGAGAGUGUUACAGAACCUUGUUGGACCAAAGGUAGACUGGUCAAAGAUCACUAGUUGUGUACAGAAGGAUGAAACUGUAAGUGAGUACACUGAAAGAUUUUGUCAGUCAGCGGCAGCAUACAGUGGAAUAGUUGACACUCCAGAGAAGGUGUUAGAGGAUAAUGGACCACUGGUCCGCAUGUGGUUUGAUGGGCUUUCAUUAGAAUACAGAAAUGCAUUGCCUUUCUUAGACCUCACAUGGUCCAAUGGAACCCUGCAAAACAACUUGGAUAGAUUAGCUAUUUGGGAAAGAGACUCUGAUGUCAAGACAAGAGUAAAGAUUGCAGCAGCAUCCUUUAAGGUCAACACAGAGAAUCGACAGAAACGUAAACGUCCUAAGAGAGAAGGCAGUUGUCAUUACUGUGGUAAACCUGGACAUUGGAUGAAAGAGUGUAGGAAAAACAAAAAGACAUUAAAAGAAAUGAACAGCUUUACUCAGCUCCUACUCAGUCUACUUGCUACACUGAAACUGCCCCUCCCCUCUUCUCCAAACUCUUGGAGCAACAGCUUGCUGACAUGCUAACCAUUUGGGCUGUGAGUGCUUAAUUUCCCCAGUAAUCUACUAGAAAGCUGAAAGACUCAUUAUGAACAAAUGAAAGUUGACUGUCACUUCCACUAUUUGGGGACACUGGUUAAGUACACUCACAGCCUUAAAUGUUAUGCUACAGCACACUCCAUUCACUUAUCCAUCCUCAAUGGGUUAUGAUGUCUGCUAUGACUGAUGUUUCAAUGGAAGAUGGAGAUGUAGCAUCUUAAAUUUGGAAAUUAACUACAGGGAGAGAAUAGGACACACAGACCAGUGAGGAGCCCAGGGAAGAACCGAAGUGCAUAAGGCCUCGGGGGUUAACCCUGUGGUGAAGACUUCCUCAUAGGUUUCCCCCUCUCUCAGUUUAUCCCAACCUUACUGGUCUAUAGGUGUCAAAUUGAUUAAGAAUAGGUUAAGAAAAAGAAGAACAAAACCACUAUACGAUCACUAGAAGUUUAUGAUGAUCAGAGUUAGACAGAAAAACUAUAGGAUCAUCAGAGGUGUAACAUACUAAAGUCUAUGCAUGAAUACUGCUGGUCUGCUGUCUCUUUGUUUUCUUGUGUGCAGGUAUGUGUAUAUGCCAUGACGUCUCAUAAGCAGCACCUGGUGUAAAGCAUCACCUCAGAUAUCCAUGAACAACCUUCAUGAUGACGGAGUCAUCAGAGCAACUCGGAGUUGCACGACGACAAAGAAUCUUCUUGGGACAAACAUGGAAAUGGACUCUACAGGGAACAGACUCCACAGCUAUUCAGGCGCCAUGGACUUUUAGGACUUCCACGCUUAUGCUACAUGGUUUUCUGUGUCAUCAUGUAGUUUAUACAACAUGUUACCACCCUGCGUUGUAUAUGUGUGUCAACAGUAUACUCAAGUUAAAGAACAACACUUAUGUAAAUGUUGGACACGACACAGAAUAA